GGCUGGAGAGGACUCUGGCACAGCCAGGACGUGCUCUAAACUCCCUGUUCUUCCCUUGCAGCUGCUCCAGUGAGUCUGGCCAGUGCGAGUGCCGGCCCCACAUGUUUGGACGUCAGUGCAAUCAAGUAGAGCCUGGCUAUUACUUUAUUUCACUGGACCAUUACAUCUAUGAGGCCGAGGAAGCCAACUUGGGUCCUGGAGUAAACAUAAUAGAGCGCCAGUCCACGCAGGACCGCACACCCUCCUGGACCGGGGUGGGCUUUGUGCGCGUCCCAGAGGGCUCCUACCUGGAGUUUUACAUCGACAACAUCCCCUACUCCAUGGAGUACGAGAUCCUGGUUCGCUACGAGCCGCAGUUGCCAGAUCAGUGGGAAAAAGCUGUUGUCAGUGUGUCACGGCCGGGCAAGAUCCCCACAGGUAGCCGAUGUGGCAACACGGUUCCCGAUGACGACCAUCAAGUCGUCUCCCUCUCACCUGGCUCCAGAUAUGUCGUUCUUCCCCGCCCGGUGUGCUUUGAAAAGGGCCUGAAUUACACGAUUCGCCUGGAGCUGCCCAAAUACUCCUCGGUGGAUACCGAGAUGGAGAGCCCCUACACACUCAUCGAUUCUCUCGUUCUCAUGCCAUACUGCAAAUCCCUGGACAUAUUCACGGUGGGAGGCUCAGGCGAAGAUGUGGUCACGAACAGCGUCUGGGAAACCUUCCAGAGAUACCGGUGCCUGGAGAACAGCAGGAGCGUUGUGAAAACUCCCAUGACAGAUGUCUGCAAGAACAUAAUCUUCAGCAUUUCUGCUCUCUUGCACGAGACCGCAUUAUCUUGCCAGUGCGACCCGCAGGGCUCGCUGAGCUCGGUGUGCGACCCCAGCGGAGGGCAGUGCCAGUGCCGGCCCAACGUCGUCGGGAGGCAGUGCGACCGAUGCGCUCCCGGCACCUUCGGCUUUGGCCCCAGUGGAUGCAGGUCUUGCGAGUGCCACCUCCGAGGCUCUUACAAUGCCUUCUGCGAUGCGGAGACGGGCCAGUGCCACUGCUUCCCCGGGGUGUACGGGCGGCAGUGCGACCGCUGCCUGCCCGGCUUCUGGGGCUUCCCCAACUGCCAGCCCUGCCACUGCAACGGCCACGCGGACGACUGCGACCCCCACAGCGGCGCCUGCCAUGGCUGCCGCGACCACACGUCGGGCCACAGCUGCGAGAGGUGCCUGCCCGGCUACUACGGAGACCCUGUCCUGGGCUCAGGUGACCACUGCCGGCCCUGCCCAUGCCCCGAUGGCCCCGAGAGCGGCCGCCAGUUUGCCAGCGGCUGCUACCAGGACCCGGUCACGCUGCAAGUGGUGUGCGUCUGUAACGCAGGAUACAUCGGUACGCUCCAUGCGCGCUCCCCCGUGUUUUAACCCUGUGCUGGGAAGGGAGCGGGUGUUGGCGGGAUGGUGACCACCAUGGCUGUGAGCAGGGCUGUGCUGGGCAGCGGUGGUGCUGAGGGGUUGAGCUGCUGGUGGGGCAGCACCGGGCAGUUGUCCUGCGUGAAGCUGUUCCCCACCCUGAGCUGGAGUCUGAAUCUCCAAGCGUGGUGUCCCAAGUGCGUGUGCAACGCGCUGGGCACGGUGCGGGAGCAGUGCGACGGCGCAGGCAACUGCCGAUGCGAGGCGGCCACGGGGCAGUGCCGCUGCCUGCCCAGCGUGGUGGGGCUCUCCUGCGACCGCUGCGCCCCCAACACGUGGCACCUGGCCAGCGGCGCUGGCUGCGAGCCCUGCGACUGCCACCCUGCCCGCUCGCUGGGACCCGCCUGCAACGAGUUCACAGGGCAGUGCCAGUGCAUGCCGGGCUUCGGAGGCCGAACCUGCCGGGAGUGCCAGGAGCUCUUCUGGGGCGACCCCAGCGUGGAGUGUCGAGCGUGCGACUGCAACCCGCGGGGCGUCCAGACGCCGCAGUGCGACCGCGCCACGGGCCGCUGCAUCUGCAACGAUGGGGUGGAAGGGCCCCGCUGCGACAAGUGCAGCCGGGGCUACUCGGGCCUCUUCCCUGCCUGCGUGCCCUGCCACGAGUGCUUCGCCCUCUGGGACCUGCUCGUGGGCGCCCUGGCCAACAGGACCCAGCAGCUCCUGGACAGAGCCAACGCGCUGAAGGUCACCGGCGUCACCGGCCCCUACCAGCAGACGCUCGACGUGCUGGAGGAGAAGCUGGGCGAAAUUAAAAGCAUCGUCGCUCAAAACCCGGCCGCGGAGCCCCUGAAGAACAUCGGCAACCUCUUUGAGGAGGCAGAAAAGCUGACAGCAGAUGUUACGGUUAAGAUAGCUGACCUGGAGGAAAGCCUUUCAGCAUUAGCCCUGAAAAGCAAUAGCACUGACACGGACCUGAGCGUGCUCGAGACCGAUGCCAAGAGCCUGGACCGUGUCGUGAAGGAGCUCGCCGAGCAGCUGGAGUUCAUCAAGAUCUCUGAUGUGCGGGGAGCCUUGGACAGUAUCACCAAGUACUUCCAGAUGUCCCUCGAGGCAGAGGAGAGGGUGAACGGCUCCACUGUGCAGCCCGGCAGCGCGGUGGAGAUGUCGGCGCAGACGCGCCGGGACGUGGAAGGCCUCAUCCAGGAGCGGGAGGCCCAGUUCAAGGCCAGGCAGGAGGAGCAGUCGCGCCUGCUCGACGAGCUGGCGGGCAAGCUGCAAAGCCUCGACCUCUCCGAAGUCGCUGAGAAGACGUGCGGAGCGCCCGGGGGGCUCCCGUGCGCCGACUCGGCGUGCGGCGGCCUGAGCUGCCGGAGCCCCCAGGCGUGCGGCGGCCCCGGCUGCGCGGGGCUGGUCACGGCGGCGCACAGCGCCUGGAGCAAGGCCAUGGACUUCGACAGAGACAUCCUCAGCGCCUUGGCCGAGGUGGAGCAGCUCUCCAAAAUGGUUUCUGAGGCGAAGCAGAGAGCAGACGAAGCAAAACAAAACGCCCAGGAAGUUCUGCUCAAAACCAACGCUACGAAGGAGCAAGUGGACAGAAGCAACGAAGAUCUGAGAAAUCUCAUUAAACAGAUCAGAGACUUCCUCAUGGAGGACAGCGCUGACCUGGACAGCAUCGAGGCGGUGGCUAACGAGGUGCUCGCCAUGGAGAUGCCCAGCACCCCCCAGCAGCUGCAGGCGCUGACCGAAGAGAUCCGGGAGCGCGUGGAGAGUCUGUCCGACGUCGAGGUCAUCCUGCAGCAGAGCGCCGGGGACAUCGCCCGCGCUGAAAUGCUCUUGGAAGAGGCUAAAAAAGCCAGCAAAGGUGCAACAGAUGUUAAAGUCACUGCAGAUAUGGUGAAAGCAGCACUGGAAGAAGCUGAAAAAGCUCAAAAUGCAGCUGAAAAAGCCAUCAAACAAGCUGAUGAAGAUAUUAAAGGCACUCAAGACCUGCUGACCUCAAUUGAAUCUGAAAAUUCCGUGUCUGAAGAAACGCUGAACAAUGCAACCUUACGCCUCUUUAACCUGGAAAAGAGUGUUGAAGAUCUUAAGCAAAAGGCUACUACAAAUUCAGAGAAUGUGGACGAUAUAGAAGAAAAAAUCGGUGUUGCAAAGCAAAACGCUGAAGAAGUUAAACAGGUCCUGAGCGGCGAGCUGAGCAGCAAGUACCAGGCGGUGGAGGAGCUCAUCGCCAGGAGGACGGAGGAGUCGGCCGGGGCCAGGAGGAAGGCCGAGCAGCUGCAGGACGAGGCCAGGGCGCUGCUGGCCCAGGCGAGCAGCAAGCUCCAGCUGCUCCAAGACUUGGAAAAUACAUACGAAAACAACCAAAAAAUUCUGGAAGACAAAGCCAAGCAGUUGGUGGUGCUGGAAGAGACGGUUCGCUCCCUCUUACAGACUAUCAGCCAGAAAGUUGCUGUUUACAGCACUUGCUUAUAACUGGGGGCAGAAAAUGCUUGAUGAAAUGUGUUCAGGGUGCAUUUUACAAGUAUUACACUAGCUCUUUUUUGACAUUACGCUAAGACCUGAUAAAGUCACCAGGUUUGAUAUUGACUUUAAGUCACAGAACCAAAGAUAAGUAAUUUUUGGAUGUUGAAAAUAAACAAUACUUUUUUAUCACUCUAUGUACCUAGUAUGACUCAUUAACUGCCUUGUUAUUAGCCAAAAGGGUAAAUCAGUUUAUCCUUUAGCUUCUGCAAAUUGUUUUUAAACUAGUUAGAGAAUAUCCUAAUAAAAUCUUGGCUCCAACUAUAUAAUUCUA